AUUAAGGUACAAAACAAAAAUUAUUAAACGUUUUUUUUUUUUUAAACACCGUGGACUCUAUAAUGCUUGACUGCAUUAUUAUGUACUUUCUGUCGUGCGUCCGAGUUAGCGUCGUCAUCAAUAGAAGAGUGUUAUUUGAAGCGCGGUACGACGCGGCGGUUUUUAUCACACAAUUCACGACCUUCAUAGGCCAUUUGUUUCGUUCGGCUUUCAGAAUGGUCUCAGUUCACUAAACACUACCCUAUCGGUCGGUUGGCUACCAACGUUAUAAUGUGCCGGGUCUGCUAAUACGAGAAGAUAGACUUGAACUAAACCAAGGUUUAUACUCUUUCCCAAUCUUAUAGCAUUAUUAAACUUCAAAUUGCAUUUGUGGUUUUGAGAAAAAUGUAAACAAUGAAACUGCACAUAGCAGACAGAUCAGAAAGUGCGUUUUCUAAAAUACAAAACAAUGAAGUCAAAUUAAAUCUUUUAAUUCAUAAUUAAUUUUCAAAUCGAAGUUCAUUCUGUUGGAGUGCGUGCUUAAGUGAAGUUUGGUUGUUCAAAUAAGGGAAUUUAUUAGAAAAAUAAAAUCAUGGCAAAGAAAUAUCAAUUCCAAUCAAAUCCUAAUUCAGACUUAGAGUGCGGCGUCGACGAAGAAAACGACGACGUCGCCUUGGCGAUGUCACCAAUAGGACAAAUUGCUAAAACUCCUACUCCGCGAGACGUACCCGGUGAUCCAGAACAACGUGAAACAUGGGGAGGAAAAGUCGAUUUUUUAUUAUCGGUUAUUGGAUUCGCUGUAGAUUUAGCAAACGUUUGGAGAUUUCCUUAUUUGUGUUACAAAAAUGGCGGUGGCGCAUUUCUGGUACCGUAUUGCAUUAUGUUAUUAGUUGGUGGUAUUCCCCUAUUUUAUAUGGAAUUAGCUCUCGGACAACAUAAUAGAAAAGGUGCUAUAACAUGUUGGGGUAGACUUGUACCACUUUUUAAAGGAAUUGGAUAUGCUGUCGUUUUAAUUGCAUUUUACGUUGACUUCUACUACAAUGUCAUUAUUGCUUGGUCCUUACGAUUUUUCUUUGCAUCAUUUACGGAAAAUUUACCAUGGACAUCGUGUGAUAAUCCUUGGAAUACAGACAAAUGCAGACCUUUUGAAGUUGUCCAGUCAAUAACUCCAUUAUAUAACGCCAGUAUGGAUCUAUUCAAUCAAACUCUCUUCAACAACGAAACCACAGUCGCUCCUAUCGAAAAAUUUCAAUCCGCUGCAUCGGAGUAUUUUAAUCGAUAUAUUUUAGAACUAAACGAGAGCAGUGGAAUUCAUGACCUUGGAGUUAUAAAAUGGGAUAUGGCUGCUUGUUUGCUGGUUGUCUAUCUUAUUUGUUAUUUUUCACUCUGGAAAGGAAUCAGUACAUCGGGGAAGGUAGUCUGGUUUACGGCAUUAUUUCCUUAUGCAGUACUGCUUAUCCUCUUGAUUCGUGGUAUAACCUUGCCAGGAUCAGCAAUGGGAAUACAAUAUUAUCUCAAUCCAAAUUUCGAUGCCAUCUAUAAAGCUGAAGUUUGGGUUGAUGCUGCCACACAAGUGUUCUUUUCAUUGGGACCUGGUUUUGGAGUUUUAUUAGCUUAUGCUUCCUACAAUAAAUACCACAAUAAUGUUUAUAAAGAUGCUCUUUUGACAAGUUUUAUAAAUUCAGCAACUAGUUUUAUAGCAGGUUUCGUGAUAUUUUCGGUAUUGGGUUAUAUGGCACAUUCGUCGGGACAGCAUAUUGAAGACGUUGCUACUGAGGGACCAGGAUUAGUUUUUGUUGUUUAUCCAGCUGCUAUAGCCACAAUGCCAGGGAGUACAUUUUGGGCAUUAAUAUUCUUUAUGAUGUUGCUAACAUUAGGAUUGGAUAGUUCGUUUGGUGGAUCUGAAGCAAUAAUCACAGCUUUGAGUGAUGAAUUUCCAAAAAUCGGCAGGAACCGUGAAAUAUUUGUUGCUGGUCUAUUUUCACUUUAUUUCGUUGUUGGACUUGCUAGCUGUACUCAAGGAGGAUUCUAUUUCUUUCAACUUCUUGAUCGAUAUGCUGCUGGCUAUUCCAUUCUUGUUGCAGUAUUUUUUGAAGCUAUUGCAGUUUCUUGGAUCUAUGGAACCAAUCGUUUCUGUGAAGACAUUCGUGAUAUGAUUGGCUUUGCUCCUGGAACGUAUUGGAGAGUUUGUUGGAGAUUUGUAGCUCCUUUGUUUCUACUUUUCAUUACUGUUUAUGGCCUCAUUGGCUAUGAACCUUUGAGUUAUGAAAACUACACCUAUCCAGGAUGGGCAAAUGCUCUUGGUUGGUGUAUAGCUGGGUCGUCAGUGAUUAUGAUACCUGCUGUGGCAUUAUUUAAGCUCAUUACCACAUCAGGAACUAUUACUCAGCGUUUCCGAAUCCUCACUACUCCUUGGCGGGAUCAUCAAAUUGCCAUCAAUGGUGUUACCGUAGAAAGAACACAAGUUCGUCUAACGGCCUCUAAGGAUGGUGCAGAAGUUUGAGAUCGACCAUUUGCUAGAUUUCAAAUAUACUAUGUAUAAAAUAAAAAAAUAUUCUAAUAUUAAAGCAAUCAAAUUAUUAUAUUAAACCAAAUAUUAAAACAAAACUAAAUUCACGUAAAAUUGUAAAAGUAAAAAAUAUAUACAAAAUAUUUAGGUUCGUAAUUAGGUUUCGUUAAACAAGGACAUUUUCUUGUUAUUACAAAAUAAUAUAUUAUAUAUACCUAAACAAAAAAAAAGUUUGUAGUUCAAAAAAUAUAUUAACAACAAAAAUCCAUACAAAAAAACAACAACUCUUAAACAAUUCUUAGGGAAAAAAGAAUUAAAAUACUUAAAUAAAUUAGAUGCAAUAUUAUAUUGGAUAAGUUUAAAAUAAAAGUUUUACAACAACAACAGAAAAAAAAACAUAAAAUAACUCACUAGUAUAAAUUUAUAUUAACAAAAUUAUUAUUAUUAUUACAAUUAUAUAACUAUUAUUAUCAUUAUAAUAUUUAAAAUUUACAAUGAAAAAUGCUGUGUAGAUAAUAUAGAAAAAGUCAAAAGUAUCACAAUCAUAAAUGCUUUAAAAUGUAUGUAUAAACAAAAAGAAAAACAUUAAAAACUGAUAUACUAUAGGUUAUGCUCAAGUAAUAAUUAAACAAAUACUCGUACCUAUAUACCUACCUUUAUAUUAUAAAAAUAAAAUACAGAUUUUUGUUUUUUAAAUAAUGAUAAAUAUCACAAAGAGAACGAUUCUUUGUUUUUUAAUUUCUGUACAUAAAAUCAGUGUAACUGAAGCUUUAAACUAUACCAUUAAACAAAAAUUAAGAAAAAUAAAAGUUCAUGAGUAUGGGUGAAAAAAAUUAUAGAAUAAUUUGUUAAUGCCAAUACAAGAAUUGUUGUAAAUAUUUAUAAGUUUUAACAAUGAAAUUUUAUAACAAUAAAACAAAAAACAAAAACAUAUUGAAAUUAAUUUAAAUACAAUUUUUGUGUGAUGUCGAAAUUUUUCCAAACAGCCAUAUGGGAAAAUUUCGAAUAAAUGCAGCUAGUUAAGAUUAUAACUUUUUUUUUAAUUUAAAAAAGAUUUAUAAUUGUAUUUAUUUACUUUUUAUGCAUUAAAAACAAAUGAAAAAUAGGGAUAGGAAAAGUCUUACAGCCAUAGAUUUUACCUCGCCUUAGAACAAUUUAUUUUAAUGUAUUUAUGAACAAUAUUGUUAAUUUCUGUUUUAAGUUUGAAAUGUAAUAAUUGUUUAUUAAUGAUACAGUUGUAAAUUGAAGUUCCAAGCAGCCAUUUGGAAUUUCAAUAACUCUGUAGAACAAUGUUGAUUUUUUAAAAUUUAAUUUAAAAUUAUUUUUUAUUAUUAUUAUAAAAAUGUGUUAUUUUUCAGCAAAUAAAUAUAUUUUCUGUUUAAUAAAAAU